AUGCAGCUGCUCAUCCCAACCAUCCUCUGCCUGCUGGGGUCCUGCUGCCUUGGGGGCAGAGCUGUACGAGAAUAUGAGUCCACCCUCACAGUGCCCAAUGGAGGUCCCUGGGGCUGCUGGGGGCAGCAGGAGUUUUGCCCCAGUGGCUAUGCAAAGGGAUUUGCAGUGAAGGUGGACCCCUACCAUGGAUUCUGGCUGUUUGCUGAUGACACAGCUCUGAAUGGCAUCCGUCUGUUGUGCACGGAUGGCCAGUCCAUUGAGUCCUCUGUGGGGCGGUGGGGAAACUGGACCCAGGUCCAGCUCUGCCCCAGCAGCAAGCUGGUUUCCUUCUCACUGAGAGUGGAAGGCAAGCAGUACCUGCUUGAUGACACAGCAGCCAACACUGAGUUUGCCUGCUCUGAUGGAACAAGGCUGGAGGGAUGGGGACUUUCGGGAGGUCACUUUGGCCAUGGAGCAGCAGCUGCACCUCCGGGGCAUCUGUGGGCUCCCAAAACAAAAGUGGAGGGACCCCAGGGCCCGAGGAUGACACAGCUCAAUGAUAUGAAAGUCUUCUGCUGUGAAUGA